AACUAUAAAUCCAUUUAUUUUAGCCAGACUUAAAUAUAUUUUAUUUCUGAGGAUUUUUUCGGAAACACUAUUCCGGAAUCCUACCGGAAAUAAGUUGGCAAAUAGAAUAGCAUUUCCUUUUAUGACGAGGCAAUUUCGGGAGAACGGUGAGAUAACAGUCGAGACAACAUUUUAAUUUUUUAUAAGAUUCAGAAGCUACGGAAAAUAAGUUAAAUUGUAGAAAAAACAUGCCAAAAGAAAAAUCAACGAGGGCGAAAAAGAAGAAGGGAGGUGAAGUUAUGAGAAAGGGGCGAACAAAUAAAAAUGUGGAAGGACCAGUUGAAUUUCAAGAGCAGACGACAAUGGAGACAUCAACAAAUAAUGGAUUUGAGGGAGAAAUGGAUGUAUCACCCAGAGAUGAACCAUCGGGAUUCCGCAUGGAGAAUUCCAGGGAAACCAUUCGAGGAAUUGGCUCCACAAGCAAACAAGAUACCAGAAAAAAUACCAGUAGAAUUUCAGCAGUUGAUGUUAGAAAUGAAGUAAACAACUUGUUACAUCUAGCAACAGCCCCAAAUACUCAGGAAACAUACAACCAGGGACUAAGAUGCUUUGAGGAAUUCCAGGAUUCCCUAAACCUUAGCAAAAUAUGGCCCCCUACGUUAGAGCAAAUAGUUCUAUUUAUAGGUUAUAUGUCAGCAAAACAUCUCUCAGUGGCAACAGCUAGAACUUACAUUUCAGCUAUUUCUUACAAACUAAAAAUUCAAAACAAUAGGGAUGAAACUCAAAGCUUUCUGGUUAAGAAACUCUUAGAAGGAUUCAGAAGAAAGGUCAAGAAAAAUGAUGCCAGACUGCCAAUUACAUCAAAUAUAUUAAAUCAAAUACUACAAAGUUUGCACUUGGUUUGUACAAACUACUAUGAAUGCAAACUGUUUCAAGCCGCCUACACUUUAGCAUUUUUUGGUUUCUUUAGAGUUGGAGAAAUGACAGUAAAAAACCAAAAAGAUCUGGGACAUGCAAUUGAAUAUGAAGACAUAACAAUGUUUACAGAAGAAAAUAAAAUCCAAAUAAAAUUAAAGCAUUCCAAAGUGGAUCAAAUAGGGAAUGGAGAAACAAUUACUAUUCAGAAUAGCCAAUUUGGGUCUCAAAUACAACCAAUUAAGAUUAUUCAAGAAUAUCUAGCAAUACGACCUUCAGUGCAGGGGAAGUUGUUCUGUCAUUUUAGUGGACAACCACUAACUAGAUACCAAUUUACGGCAGUUUUAAAUAAAGUUUUGUCGAUAAUAGGGUUAGAAGGUAAAAAAUACAAGUCUCAUUCAUUUAGAAUUGGGGCAGCAACCAGUGCAGCAAUGUUUGGUAUGUCAGAGGAAGAAAUCUGUAAAGCAGGAAGAUGGAAAUCUAAAGCAUACAAAAUUUAUGUUAGGAUGUAAUCAUAAUAUAAAUGUAGGUGUAACCCUUAGGACUGUCAUAUGUU